AUGGUGAGCUCGUCUCUUUCGAAUAAGAGAUACACUUACGUACACGAACGUGAAAGUGAGACACUAAGAGGAGCCAUUGAGAUUCACCAUGUGAUCAUCAACGGAAGCAGAGCAAAUGGUCACGCCCGUCGUCGGGGGAUUGGUUUCUUCCUUGAAUAUAAUUUUCUUCCUUUUGCCUUGGAAAGAAUCUGUUAUAAUCAUGCCAUCUUUCGGGAGGCAGCGGAAGAAGUUGAAGAAGGUGAAGAAGAAGAAGAGUCUAUUGUUCAUAAAACCGCCAGUCUUGGUGAUGUUGAGGGUUCGAAAAAUGCUUUGGAAGCCGGUGGUAACAAAGAUGAAGAAGAUUCCGAGGGAAGGACGGCAUUGCAUUUUGCUUGCGGAUACGGCGAGUUGAAAUGUGCGCAAGUUCUUAUCGAUGCUGGAGCAAGUGUUAACGCAGUUGACAAAAACAAGAACACGCCUCUGCACUACGCUGCUGGUUACGGGAGGAAUGAGUGUGUAAGCCUUCUCCUAGAGAAUGGUGCUGCCAGUGACUCUGCAAAACCUAGACGAGAAGACACCAACUGA